GUCAAGCUUCCAAGUAUUGACCUGACCACCCGUUUGCACCUAUCACACCGAGUUACUCAGUGGAACGCAAACAAACGAUGAAGAAUUAAGAAUCAGAGUGACAAGAAAAUUUUUUUUUCCUAGGUUGCGCUUACAACUGCUUGUCAAGCUGCGCUUCUCACAAUGAUGCAGGCAACGCCUGUUGUGCUUCCUGCCUUUAACGCCUAGGUUCGGCCCAUGUUCCGCGCGCUAUGUUACCUUGUUGUUAACCUUCCUUAUUGCAUAACCUCAUUUAACACCUUCGGUAACAUACAUGUACAACUUACUCGUGUGGAUGGUUAGGUGCAUUGGGUGGGAGGCCUGCCGUUUGUAUACCAGAUACUUACCAUUACUUGGAUUCAGGUCAAGCUUCCAAGUAUUGACCUGACCACCCAAAGUGAUAUCCCUAUCACCAGGGUAUCACCCAUCCAAGUAAUACCUUCCUUGUCCACCUCCCUCUCACCUCACCAACCACGGCCUGCUAGCGCUGGCUCGACUCAUACAAUGCUCGCCUAGUUACCGAAGGUCACACCCAGGUAUGCUGUGUUGAACAAGUGGCCUAGUUACCCGAGGUCACACCCAGGUACGCUGUGCUGAACAAGUUGCUUAGUACCUGAGGUCACACCCAGGUAUGCUGUGCUGAAAACUUAUAACUACACAGCUUUGCAUCAGUUGGAUGCCUCGGGCUCGUGUAGUCAUGGCACGAGAGAGUUUCCAACCAUGUAUUUUCGCCGUCGUAACAAAGGACUCUUCGGUUUACUUCGGGCUAUCGUUUUCACGAUCUUGCGGCAUAUGAAUGUGAACGAAUAAUCUCUACCUAUAUCUGGACGGCUACUCAACGAAACUUCGAACAGACAAAUUAACAAAACACGUUUUUACCUUGAGCAUGGCCAUAGCCCGCGAACGGGAACUGAGCCACAAAAACUAUAAAAACAAAGACUUCGGACUAAGCGCCCAUAGACUAAAAUUUAUAUACAUGUUUAUCUGGUCAAUUCAUAAUCAUGCAAAAAUUAAUUGGUUUUAUAUUUGUUCAGACGUGGCAAAUAUAUAUACUGUUCUAGGAGAGCCAUUCCCCUGUCUCUAUUUUUGUUAAUGACCAGCUACUAAAACUGGUUAUAUCCAUGCUGCAGCACGAACGAAUCUUUAUGUAGUUUUGAGCAAGUAAAAUAUGCGUGCAUCCACUCAAAUCAAUAUUUUUUUGUGAUGACGAGAUGACAACAUUGUUAUUUCCUCUUACAAAUAUCAAAACAAAUAUGUGACUUCUUAGAAGAACCAUCCUUGUUACUAGGAAACAUAGAAUCACUUUCGUUUGCGUUAUUAUGUAAAAAAGCUUGUUUUCCUAGUUCAAAAAUGGAAUAUUCGGUAAAAGCAGCAUCUCGCAUGUUCAUGGGUUUAGCGGCGGCUGCGCUAAUUAAAGCGACGAGAUUUUAUACCUAUGCCAGCCAAGGUCUUAUUCUCCGACUAAAUCUUCACCAUAUAUAGUACCUAAAUUGUGUUGAUGAGGUUUCUAUAUGGUUACGCAUAACUGAAUUAACAUCUGCUUCUUCUAAGAAAAUGAGGCACGGGGAUUUCCCAUGAAAAUCAUAUGACCUGCAGUCAUAAAUAUACUUUCGAGUACUUUGUUUUUUCCAAUAACAUUUACAGUCAUUCUUUCUCGCGGUAAAAAUGUCUGUCCUGGCUAUAGGCCAGCAGAUUAAUGUGGGGCAGCUACCACUUUUCGUUCAGAAAGAACUCGGCAGUGGAGCAUUUGGCACAGUGUAUAUGGUAUCUGACAUACAACAACCGAGAGCAUAUUAUGCGUUAAAGGCAGUUGUUUGCAAAGAUUCGAGCAGCGUUAGUACAGUCAUACGCGAGGUUAAUACAUUGGCCAAAGCAAGACACGAGCGAAUCGUCCAAAUCCUCGCAGCUGAUAGUCGCACACUCUCAAAUUCCGACUCUUUAUUCCUGAUCUUAACAGAGUUCUGUUCCGGUGGAGACUUGAACUCUCAAUUAAACAACACCAGCACCCCAGAAACAAAUCUAAAAUGGAUCUCUCAGAUUUCCGAAGCCUUAAGUUACUUACAUUCUCUAAACCCACCAAUUGUACACCGAGAUCUGAAAGCUGACAACGUCUUACUGACAGACCAGUGGUCACAAGAUCUAAAACUCGGAGAUUUCGGUUUAGCACGAGAAUAUCUUGCCAUGAACAACAACGAUGGUAGUCCUCAGUCGGCACAGACGUACUACAUGACUUCUGGUUGUGGUCCUAUGCACUGGAUGGCUCCAGAGUUCUUUCUUAAUCAUUAUACAGAGAAAGCAGAUGUCUUUUCACUUGGAGGGAUUUUCUACGCCAUUUUGAUACGUGAUUCCAUUCAAGUUGGCUGGAAAAAUAUGUAUGGUGUGUUUCUGACCUACCCAUAUCCGAAUGGGAAAGUUGGACUUGGAUAUGCCAUGGCAGCAAUUAAUCCAAAUGCGAAAGUAUCGUUACCUGCUUCUUCCUCUGGGUGGUCUAGCUCCAUGCUGCAAUUGAUUGAAAACAUGAUGGACUAUCAUCCUCAUAAUCGACCAAGUGCAAGUCAAGUCAAAGCAAGUGUAGCAAAUAUUCGCUCUUCGACCCAAGCGGGCAUAUUUCCACCCAAUUGGGGAUAUUUCCAGCCCGGUAACUAAUCUGGUACAUUUGCUGGGGUUAAAUUUGAGCAACUGCAUCUAGAUCUGCAUCUAGAUACCGUAUUCGUGCAAGAGAGACGCUUAUUAUCAGAGAUGCUUAGAGAAAGUAAUUACACAAUGUGACAAUGGCGCUAAUACAAUUUAAACUUUAACACUAUAAAAAAGUAAAGGAAAUAAUAACAUUUGAUUGUGUUUAUAUUUUAUGUAUAGAACUGUACAUUAAAACAAUGUGUUGAAUAUUUCAUGCUUAAUGACUUUGUCUUUCUUAAGGGUAUAUGAGAGCCUUAAAUGUUUAGGAUAAUUUUACGUUUAUUAAUUCCUAUAACAUUUUGUUUCGACGCAUAGGAUGUUCUCAGUUUGGAAAUCCAACGAUUGAGCUAACAAAAAUUCCUGGGAAGAAUGCAGAACUUGAAAUAUGUGCAUGUCCUUGGAUACUAGAUUGCAUGCUAAUGUAUACUAAAGGUUGUCAGUUUAUAAAGAAACGUAUAUGAAUGAACAUAAAGGUACUGUAUAUCUAGUCGUAUCUUUUUAGGGAGGAUGAAAACUUACAAGGUAUGUAAGAGCACAGAAUACUAUACACAGAAGGCCAUCUCUAUUGUUUUUCGCGUAAGCGCUAUUCGUCGUGAUUCGUCACUCAGCAAGUAACCCUAAACAGCAGCAAUCACUCCCCUGCCCGUCCGCCAUUUUUAAUAUUGCCAGGGGGUGACUCCUUAUAUUGAAGGUACUUGCUGCAUGAGUGACGAAUCAUGACGAAUAGCGUUUACGCAAAAAACAAUGGAGAUGGCCUUCUGUGUUGUAUUCUGUAGUAAGAGCGUCGUGAAGGGACAAAAUUGAAUCCCAGAUAUUCGGCUAUUUUUUCGCUUGCAAAAUUGCAUUUGGAUUGUUAUGCAUUGAUUUUGAACCACAAUUUUGCUGAUAGAAAUGUGUUUGCGGGAAUCAGUGAUUCGGCACAAUUCUGCCUUGGAAAAUUGUUCUUACUUUGAUCCAAUAAAUUAUUGGUAAAAUAAUAUUACGCCAAGUUGUGGCGUUAGACACAUGCAAGACGUCCUAAAGUUGCUAAAUACGACAUGCCGCCGGCAUCAUAAAGUGUUAAACAGAGUUAAAUUAAGGCCGCGGGAAACAGCGAUUCACGGCUCAAAAUAUUUUGCUAAAUACAUUUUUGGGGGCUUCGGUGGCCAAGUGGUUAGCGCACUUGCCUUUCACCUCUGAGGCCGCAGGUUCAAGCCCCAGUGAGUACUUUCUCAAUGUGAAAAGAGCCGUAAAGUCAACGCUCUGCUGAACAUGGUUCCAAGAGUAUACUAAUGAACUGUGACGAUAACGUACGAAGCAUUUGCACAUCUCGAAGGGCAUUAUGGGCAUCAUAUAUUAUGCGCUGUCAAGCAGAUCUUUAGCAAGAUUUUCUUGACUGAAUGAUUGUCUAUCAGGAAACAGUUCCCGGAAAGCAGGUAAGGUAUCAAGGAACCCAACAACCAUUUGGCGAAAUUCUUCCACAUUGUUACACAAGCUCAGCGCUUUCAUUAGAUGUUUUGCAUCGAAAGUCUUUACAUUGUGUGCCAACAAAAAUGCAUGGUACUUUCUUGUUCAGCCAGGUCAAGAACUGAGCCAAGGCUUCAGCCAAGCUUAGAGCCCUCACAGGUUUCUUUUCAUGAUAGAGGAUUUCGUUUAUGACGGUGAGUUUAAUCACGGCUGAUGCCUCAAGUGUUAUACCAUUUUGCGGGAUGACAUAUAUAUUAAAUUUUUCCUGUCCAUCUGUAGCAGCAAUUUGACAAAUUUCUGCAUCAUGUCCUAAAUAAAAAAAUAUUUCAACAGGUAACUCACAGAAAUGAGAGAGCACUAUGGACAAGCUUGCACACAUAAUUGUUUGUUAGUUUUUUCCAAAUAUACAAAGAAAUUUUCUGUUUGUUUAUUGUCAAAUAUUUUGUGAUUUUACUUAAAAAAGAUUCCUCUGGUCUGUCUGGAGAUAAGGUUUGGCAAUCUAUUUAUAGAAA